AUGUCCAGCGCCAAAGCCACCAAGAAGAGCGCCUUUUCCUGCGAGCCCUGUCGCCGCCGCAAGGUUAGUUCGUUUGCCUCCUUGUCCCUUGCUGUGUCUGCCAGCAGCCGGCGGCUCGAAGCCUCCGAUUUCGCCACCUACCCGUCCACCACGCCCACGCCCAAGCCCAAAAUCACCACCCAGCUAACCAUAGUUUCAUUAUUUUUCGCCCGACAGGUAAAAUGUGGUGGCGAGCAACCCAUGUGCCAGAGAUGCACCUCGCGCAACGAUGAAUGCGUCUACAAGCUCAACCCCACGCUCUCUUAUACCCAGCGUCUCGAGAAGCGCAUCAAAGAACUCGAGGACCAACUUGCUUCAGCAUCUAGAUCGCCCCCUUCCAUCACCGCUUCCGCCCAUUCCAGUCCUUCCACCGCCAGCACCGGUCUGCACGAUGGCCGGUCGCCACCCAAAUCCCAUCCCGACGAACAGUCCUUUAGCCGCAGCUUUAGCAGCCUCACGGUUGACGACAAGGGUCGCAUCACAUUCGGCAACGGCGCCUCCGCCAACGAUCGACCGGCAAGUCUCCAUUCAAAUGGCUUUUACACUUCUGCCGAACUCGACCAGUCAAUACGAGAAAGGCUAGUCGCCAAUGCUAUGCAGCAGCGCGCCCUCGAAACUUUCUCAGCCACUCCAGAACCCUUUCAAUAUUUACUCAACGUUCAUUGGUGCUGGAUUCAGCCACUCUUCAUGUUCAUUUACAGGCCCGCCUUUACUCGUGAUAUGCAAACUAUGGGCCAAUACUACUCGCAUAUGCUCCUCAACGCACUCAUGUCGCAUUCCGUAAAUUGGGGGAGAAACGACCCCACUACGCGCCUCCUCCUCGAUGAUCAUUAUGGUGGUGGAGAAAUCUUUGGCAAACAUGCACGCAGCAUGCUGUUCGAAGACAUGAGGCGCGGGGCUUGCACCAUUCCAAUGGUGCAAACCUUGCUGCUCCUCAGCUCCGAGGAAUGCGCCUUUGGCAACACAAUUCAGGCCUGGACCUACAGUGGUCUCGCCUUCCGACUCAUGGACCAAAUAGGCGUAUGUUUUGAUGGCCAGCGAUAUCCCGGCUCUGUUCCCCUCAACGAAGAAGAUAUCGAAAUUCGUCGUCGAAUUUUUUGGAGUAGUUACUUCUGGGACAAGAUGCUGAGUCUGUACAUGGGCCGAAUGCCGACUUUGCAUCUCACCCCUGCUUCGCCACCACUCGUUAUGUACGACGAUUCGGCUGAAAACGAACCUUGGCAACCCUUUGGCAUGCCACCUGAUGGCAGAACAUGGAAUUACCCGGCCUCGACUGCGCAUUCGGCCACCUGCUUCAUCGCCAUGAUUCGGCUUUCCCUCAUCUUCAACGAGAUUUUGCUGCACAUGUACGAUCCCGUCAUUCCAAAUACCGAGACAGAAAUGCUCGAGUGCUUGGCCAUUCAGGGACCCGCUCUGGAUAAAUGGUGGGAUGAUUUUCCUCCUUACCUCAAAAUGGACGCCGCCAAUCUCCCCGCCAUCGGCCCCCCAACGCACCUCUUCACCUCCAACUGCAUAUUUCACACUUACAAGAUCCUUCUGUAUAGGCCUAUGCUCACACGUCAAUACGUCACAGACUUUGACGGCCAGCUGCCCUGGAAUACCUAUCUCAUCAAUUGUGUAACGUCGGCAACUGCCACAAUUGCAAUCUUCGAUCUCUUUGCCAGGACGUACAGUAUAAAGUACUGCGCUCUCUCGAUUUCGUACAGCAUGUAUAUUGCCGCAUCUGUCUUCUUGCUCCAGGUCCAGGCUAUGCCGAGCGACUCCCAAGCCAUGCGACGUCUGGAUUAUUGCCUCCACAUGCUGCACAGAGUCAUGGUAUUCAAUCCAAUCAUCGGCCGUUCGACGGAUUUCAUUUUGAAGGAGCUUGUUGCCAUUGGCAUUUCGUUUGACGUUGUGGCUGGCUGCCUCGUAGAAACCACGUCCCGUCGACCGCUUGCCCCGCAAAACAGGCAGCUGUAUCAACGCCCCCUCGAGUCGACGACGGAGCUGGCUGCACAGUCGUCGACCCACGCUUUGUUUUACUCGACGAUUGGCGACGACUUCGGAACCGGAGCUGUGCAUCCAGAUGUUUACCACGCCAUGAUUGGCCUGGAGCCGGUGACUGUCCGAUUCUGCACCCUGGACGACUGA